GCAUGGAUGGUCCAAAAUUUUAUCGGAUAUAACUUACAAGCUACUUUUUCUUUGAUCAAAAUCCAUAGCCUCUGAAAAAACACAGAACAAAAAAUGGAAGUUUUGCACACCAUGUUGACUUUCAUAUCCUUCUCUUUUCUUGCUAUUUUCCUAGCCAUAUGUUUCAUCAUGAUAAUCAUCUUCAAGGGAAAAUCCAUAGGUGACCCAAAAUAUGCACCUGUGAAAGGCACAGUGUUUAACCAACUUUUCUACUUCAAGAAACUCCAUGAUUACCAUGCUCAAAUGGCAAAAACUCAUCCAACUUAUAGGCUUCUUGCUCUAAAUCAUAGUGAGUUGUACACCAUAGAUGUGAGAAAUAUUGAACAUAUAUUGAAAACCAAUUUUGAUAAAUAUUCCAAAGGUAAGUACAACAAAGAUGUUAUGACUGAUCUUUUUGGUGAGGGGAUUUUUGUUGUUGAUGGUGAUAAGUGGAAGCAGCAAAGGAAGGUUGCCAGCUAUGAAUUCUCCACAAGAGUUCUUAGAGAUUUUAGUUGCUCUGUGUUUAGAAAAAAUGCUGCCAAAUUGGUUAGAGUUAUUUCAGAAUUUUCUCGUGAGGGUCUUGUUUUUGAUAUGCAAGACUUGCUAAUGAGAAGUGCUUUGGACUCCAUAUUCAAAGUUGGAUUUGGAACAGAAUUGAAUUGCUUAGAGGGAUCAAGUAAAGAGGGGACUGAAUUCAUGAAGGCCUUUGAUGAAUCAAAUGCUUUAACUUAUUGGCGCUAUGUUGAUCCAAUUUGGAGCCUUAAGAGAUUUCUUAACAUUGGUGGUGAGGCUAAACUUAAGCACAAUGUGAAAUUGAUUGAUGAUUUUGUCAAUGGUGUAAUAAAGACCAAAAAGGCACAAUUGGAAUUGGAAAUUCAGCAAGAUUCAAAUGUUAAAGAAGACAUACUAUCAAGAUUUUUGAUGGAGAGCAAGAAGGGCCAAAUAAAUAUGACUGAUAAAUAUUUAAGGGAUAUAAUUCUUAGCUUUAUGAUAGCUGGAAAAGACACAACUGCAAACCCUCUUUCAUGGUUCUUCUACAUGCUAUGCAAGAACCCUCUUGUAGAGGAUAAGAUUGUGCAAGAAGUAAAAGAUGUCACCUGUAGCCAUACAAGUGAACACAACAUUGAUGAGUUUGUUACCAAUUUAACAGAUGUCGUCCUUGAUAAAAUGCAUUAUCUUCAUGCAACACUCACAGAGACAUUGAGAUUGUACCCAGUAGUCCCUGUGGAUGGAAGAACAACAGAGACCUCUGAUGUUCUUCCUGACGGCCACAAACUUGAAAAGGGUGAUGGAGUUAACUACCUGUCCUACGCUAUGGGUCGAAUGUCUUCUAUUUGGGGUGACGAUGCUGAGGAAUUUCGUCCUGAAAGAUGGCUUAAUAAUGGAAUUUUUCAACCCGAAUCACCUUUCAAAUUCAUAGCAUUCCAUGCCGGACCUCGUAUGUGUUUAGGGAAGGACUUUGCAUUCAGACAAAUGAAAAUAAUAGCAAUGACUCUUCUUUAUUUCUUUAGAUUUAAAUUGAAAAAUGGAACACAAAAUGUGACUUAUAAGGUUAUGUUUACCCUUCACCUGAACAACGGUCUCCCUCUUUGUGCAAUUCCAAAGCCAUGAUUCAUAAGUGAAGUGACAUGUGAAGCAAACCAAACCACCAUAUUAAAUAUUUCUAGUGUUAGUGUGCAUUGCAGAUGAAUCAUGAUAUUCAUUAUAUAAACAGGAAAAAGAUAAUUGACUCUGUCAUGUUAACAUAUUGCAAGGUAAAUUAUGUUGUCUAGUGUAAGUAGACUUUUAUAUGACCA